UAGCGCGCCUCUUUUUGCACGAUGCAACGGUUUCGCAGCAGUUGGAUGUGCAAAUCGCAAGGAUUUUUCCUUGUUUUCAUGUACUGCAUGCUGCAACAGGCCUUUCGCAUCAAAGCAAAACACAGUGACGCACCGGACAUUCGUCGUCACUCACCACGCGAAGAUCUUGCAAACGUCUGCAACCACACGCGCGGGAACGAGCCCGGCGGGGUGUUUUUGACACUUGGUGUUAGACUUGCUCUCAGGGAUCCCUAUUUGCCUUGUCUAGAGUAUUUUGGUAUUUGUUGUGAGACCCCUGCUUAUCUCUUGAAGUUUCUAAUUUUGACGCGACAAUGCGUUCUCAAUCCUUUGAUCCGGUAUGUGCCUCUGGGAGGUUGUUAGUGUUUGGUGGCUUCAACGGAAAGAAGCACUUGAAGACUGUGGAGGCCUUCAACGAGGAGACGUGCUCUUGGGAGGUGGUAGGUGAGUUGCCACAAGCAAUUUUAGCUGCAACAGCCUCCGCCGUUUGCAUGCCGCUCUAAGCUGGCAGGCGGCGGACAAAUGCGGUGCUCACAUCGCAGCCAUCGUGAUCGCUCAGCAGAUACACCACGGGAUUUCGAUUUUCCGUUUUGCUGGCAUGCAGAAUGAACCAA